AUCAGAGAGGCUUACAAAAGGAGCCUUGUUUGAUUGCAACGACCCUUCGCUCCUCACGAAGCACUUCUCCCACGUUCCCUCUCUCAAUUUGAUCUCACCGCUCGAUCUCUCUCUUCUGCUACUUUCCCUCGUCUCGAGUCCCGUACCUGUCCUCAUCGCAUCUCGCCACAAUGCGCGUCACUUUGCUUGCCCUCCUCCCUCUGGCGAUGGUCAUCGCUUCGUCUUCCAAAGUCAACGCCCUCAACAUGGGCGAUCUCACUCAGGAAGACAUGGAGAUCUUGGACGCGCGCAAUCACUGGUUCGAGCGCGAUCUCUACGCCGAGAGACGAUCCGUUCCAUCCGGUCCCACCUCAACUUCCGUCUCGGUCGUCCCACGUCCCACGGGAACUUCCGCACCCGGCACUGGCUGCACCAAGUCUGCCGACUGUGGCACAGGCAACUGUGAAAGAGGUGUCUGUAAACCCGUCGUCUCAACGGGCGCUCAAUGCUACAAGAACGCCAAUUGUGCCAGCUUCAACUGCACCAACGGCAAGUGUGUUCCCGUCAAAGGUCAAGGUGUCAAGGGUGAAACGUGCAACGCCUCGGAUCAAUGCACCGCAGGAUCUUUCUGCGAGUACUCCAAGUGCAAUGUCAAGGUGGCUUCCGGUGGAGUCUGCUACAAAGACGUCGGCUGCACGUCUGGAAACUGCGUCAACAAGACAUGUAUUGAACCUGCUUCCGUCAGCCGUGGUGGCCGUUGCACUAAGACACUUCAGUGCAAGACCAACUCUUACUGCGGUACCAACAACCGCUGUGCGGCUAAGGCCAACAAGGGUGGUGCUUGCUACAAGACCGAAGGUUGCGCCGCUGGCCUCACCUGCCGAAAGAAGAAGUGCCGCGCUUGAUCACAAGCUCCGUCUUCUCUCAGCAGGCGCUCGAAAGCGUCUCAUGCCGUCAAAAUCGAAGCUAUUCCAUCGAGUUUCGCGAAGCACGGCGGUCAGAGGCUUGAGUCACUCCGACAUUUGAGACCACACAUACCCU